UUUUUAACAUUGCUUUUUACAAUUUCCAAAAUGGCGUCAGUGGCCACCACUUUUAACAAAAAAGGGAAGCGUUGCUGUUUCGCCACCUCCUCCUCCUCCUCCUCCGCCACUUACUCUCUCUUCCCUUUUCUUCACUUUCAGCUUCUUUAACUGUCUUCCAGGGUUUUGAAUAUUGAUUUUUCAGUUUCUUUAAUUCAACAAAAGAAAAAGUAAAAAAAAAAAAAUGGGGACUUCUAAGAGACAACUCAAAGCUAUGCUUCGGAAAAACUGGCUUCUUAAGAUUCGUCACCCUUUUAUCACUGCUGCUGAGAUUUUACUUCCUACGAUCGUAAUUUUGUUGUUGAUUGGUAUAAGGACUCGUGUUGAUACUCAAAUUCAUCCAGCUCAACCAUAUAUAAGGAAAGAUAUGUUUGUGGAGAUAGGCAAAGGUAUAUCCCCUAAUUUCCAACAAGUUUUGGAGUUAUUGUUGGCCAAAAGAGAGUAUAUAGCCUUUGCACCUGAUACUGAACAGACAAGGCAGAUGGUUAACUUAAUUUCCAUCAAAUUUCCCUUAUUGCAGCUAGUUUCAAAAAUAUACAAAGACGAGCUCGAGCUGGAUACAUAUAUACAGUCAGAUCUGUAUGGUACUUGUGAUUUCAGGAAUUGCUCAAAUCCAAAAAUUAAAGGAGCAGUGGUAUUUCAUAAUCAAGGUCCUCAGUUGUUUGAUUAUAGUAUUCGCCUCAAUCACACAUGGGCUUUCUCUGGAUUUCCUGAUGUUAAAAGUAUCAUGGACACUAACGGCCCUUACCUCAAUGACUUGGAAUUGGGUGUUAAUAUCAUACCAACAAUGCAAUACAGCUUCAGUGGAUUUUUGACUCUCCAGCAGGUUUUAGAUUCAUUUAUCAUAUUUGCUGCUCAGCAAACAGAAUCUGGCAUUGCUAGUCAAGAUUUAGAAAUAAGAGCAUUGCGCUCAACCGGUGUAACAUCAUCCCUCGGGUUACCUUGGACAAAGUUUAGCCCUUCAAAUAUUAGAAUAGCUCCUUUCCCAACUCGAGAAUACACAGAUGAUGAGUUCCAAUCCAUCAUUAAGAGCGUCUUGGGCCUGUUGUAUUUGUUGGGAUUUCUCUAUCCAAUCUCUCGCCUGAUCAGCUAUACUGUGUUUGAGAAGGAGCAGAAGAUAAGAGAGGGUCUUUAUAUGAUGGGAUUGAAAGAUGGGAUAUUCCAUCUCUCUUGGCUCAUUACAUAUGCUUUUCAGUUUGCUAUUUCAUCUGUGAUCAUUACAGUUUGUACCAUGGAUAACCUUUUCAAGUAUAGUGACAAGACAGUAGUGUUCGUGUAUUUCUUUGUAUUUGGACUCAGUGCGAUCAUGCUAUCAUUUUUGAUCUCCACAUUCUUUACACGAGCAAAGACUGCUGUUGCAGUUGGAACUCUUUCUUUUCUUGGAGCCUUCUUUCCUUAUUACACUGUCAAUGAUGAGGCAGUUGCGAUGGCAUUAAAGGUCAUUGCCUCUUUCCUGUCCCCUACGGCCUUUGCUCUUGGAUCUAUUAAUUUUGCUGACUAUGAACGAGCACAUGUAGGGCUUCGUUGGAGCAACAUAUGGCGGGGAUCAUCUGGAGUGAACUUUUUGGUUUGCCUUCUAAUGAUGUUGUUUGACACAUUGCUGUACUGCGUUGUUGGUCUGUACCUAGAUAAGGUUCUUCCCAGUGAAAAUGGAGUUCGCUAUCCUUGGAACUUUAUGUUCCAAAAAUGCUUUUGGAAAAAGAGAAGUGCCAUAAAACACCAUGUUUCCAGUUAUGAAGUAAGAGUUAAUGAUACAAUCUCCAAAAGGAAAAACAUCUUUCCUAGAAAGGAUAUGUCUGGACCAGCUGUGGAAGCAAUAAGCUUGGAGAUGAAACAACAAGAAAUCGAUGGCAGAUGUAUCCAAAUAAAGGACCUGCAUAAGGUAUAUGCCACCAAGAAAGGGAAGUGCUGUGCUGUUAACUCCUUACAGUUAACCUUGUAUGAAAAUCAAAUUCUAGCUCUUCUUGGGCACAAUGGAGCUGGUAAAAGUACCACAAUAUCCAUGCUUGUUGGCCUUCUUCCCCCAACAUCUGGAGAUGCCUUGGUGCUUGGAAAAAGUAUUCUAACAGACAUGAAAGAGAUACGUGAGGGAUUGGGGGUCUGUCCACAACAUGAUAUCCUUUUCCCAGAAUUGACUGUCAGAGAGCAUUUGGAAAUGUUUGCUAUAUUGAAGGGUGUGAAGGAGGAUGGUUUAGAGAGUGCUGUAACUGAGAUGGUUGAUGAAGUUGGUUUAGCGGAUAAACUGAACACUGUUGUGCGGGCACUUUCUGGUGGUAUGAAGAGGAAAUUAUCUCUUGGAAUUGCAUUGAUAGGAAAUAGUAAGGUUAUUAUUCUUGAUGAACCUACUAGUGGCAUGGAUCCAUAUUCAAUGCGCUUGACUUGGCAGUUAAUAAAAAAAAUAAAGAAGGGAAGAAUAAUAUUACUAACAACACACUCAAUGGAUGAGGCUGAUGAACUGGGGGAUCGGAUAGCCAUCAUGGCUGAUGGUUCUUUGAAAUGCUGUGGAAGUUCCCUAUUCUUGAAGCAUCAGUAUGGUGUUGGUUAUACUCUUACAUUAGUGAAGAGUGCACCAACUGCUUCUAUAGCUGCUGAUAUUGUUUAUCGAUAUGUUCCAUCAGCUACAUGUGUAAGCGAGGUUGGAACUGAAAUUUCCUUCAAGCUUCCUCUGGCAGCUUCAUCAGUUUUUGAAAGUAUGUUUAGGGAGAUUGAGAGUUGUAUAGGAAGAUCAGUUUCUAAUUCAGAAACAAGCAUUAGCGAGGAUAAAAAUUAUUUUGGCAUUGAAAGUUAUGGCAUAUCUGUUACAACCUUGGAGGAAGUGUUCUUAAGGGUUGCUGGGUGCGACUUUGAUGAAGCUGAAUCUGUCCAAGAGGGAAAUAAUUUUGUUUCAAUUGAUUCUAUCCCUUCUGGCGAGCAAGUGCCCAAAAGAAUUUCCUAUGCGAAGCUUUCGGGAAGUUAUAAAAAGAUUAUUGAGGGCAUAUCUUCCAUAGUGACCAGAUUUUGUGGUCUAUUUGUUUCUAUAUUUCUAAGUUUCAUGCACUUCUUAAGUAUGCAAUGCUGCAGCUGUUGCAUGAUUUCUAGGUCAAUCUUUUGGCAACAUUCUAAGGCGUUGCUCAUAAAGAGAGCUGUUUCUGCACGAAGAGACCGCAAAACAAUUGUUUUUCAGCUUUUGAUUCCUGUGAUCUUCUUGCUUUUUGGUCUUCUUUUUCUCAAGCUUAAGCCACAUCCUGAGCAGCAGUCUGUGACAUUCACCACUUCACUUUUUAAUCCUCUUUUAAGUGGUUCUGGUGGUGGUGGUCCAAUUCCAUUUGAUCUGUCCUGGCCUAUUGCAAAAGAGGUAGCAAAAAAUGUUGAAGGAGGGUGGAUUCAAAAAUUUAAACCGACUUCAUACAAAUUUCCUGAUUCAGAAAGGGCUUUAGCCGAUGCUGUAGAGGCAGCAGGACCAACUUUAGGACCUGUUUUGCUUUCAAUGAGUGAAUUUCUAAUGUCUAGCUUUAACGAAUCAUACCAGUCAAGGUAUGGGGCAGUUGUGAUGGAUGAGCAGUAUGAUGAUGGGAGUUUGGGGUAUACUGUAUUGCACAAUAGUUCUUGUCAGCAUGCUGCUCCAACCUUUAUCAACUUGAUGAACUCUGCAAUUCUUAGGCUUGCUACUAGCGACAAAAAUAUGACGAUUCGAGCACGUAAUCAUCCUCUUCCGAUGACAAAAAGCCAGCGUUUACAGCAUCAUGAUCUGGAUGCAUUCUCUGCUGCAAUUAUUGUUAACAUAGCCUUCUCAUUCAUUCCUGCUUCAUUUGCUGUUCCCCUCGUAAAGGAACAGGAAGUUAAAGCUAAGCACCAACAACUGAUCAGUGGUGUUUCUGUAAUUUCAUAUUGGGUUUCAACGUACAUAUGGGACUUCAUCAGUUUCUUAUUUCCUUCAACUUUUGCCAUAGUUCUCUUCUAUGUGUUUGGUCUUGAUCAAUUCAUUGGAAGAGGCUUCUUGCCAACUGUCAUCAUGUUUCUGGAGUAUGGUCUUGCAAUUGCAUCAUCAACAUAUUGUCUUACAUUCUUCUUCUCUGACCACUCUAUGGCCCAGAAUGUGGUUCUCCUGAUCCACUUUUUCACAGGACUCAUUCUCAUGGUUAUUUCAUUUAUCAUGGGGCUUAUAAAAACAACUGCAAGUGCAAAUUCUUUUCUGAAGAAUUUCUUCAGAUUAUCUCCUGGGUUCUGCUUUGCCGAUGGGCUUGCUUCACUGGCUCUUCUUCGGCAAGGGAUGAAAGAUAAAUCUAGUGAUGGGAUUUUUGAUUGGAAUGUAACUGGUGCUUCCAUUUGUUAUCUUGGAAUUGAGGCCAUUGGUUACUUUUUUCUGACUCUUGGGCUUGAACUCUUGCCUACUUGUAAAUUGACUCCUGCAAGACUAAUGGAGUGGUGGAGGAAAAAACCAUUUCAGGGUGAUGAUUCUGUUUUAGAACCUUUUCUGAAAUCUCCCUCUGAGACCUCUGUUCACCUUGAUGAAGACAUAGAUGUAAGAACAGAAAGAAAUAGGGUACUUUCUGGUUCCAUUGACAAUACCAUUCUUUUCUUGCGUAAUCUUCAGAAGGUGUAUCCUGGGGGAAAUCAUCACCGUGCAAAAGUAGCUGUAGACUCCUUAACUUUCUCUGUUCAGGCUGGAGAAUGUUUUGGCUUUUUGGGAACAAAUGGAGCUGGGAAAACUACCACUUUGUCAAUGCUAACUGGGGAAGAAUCUCCAACUGAAGGAACUGCCUUUAUUUUUGGAAAAGAUAUAUCUUCGAAUCCAAAGGCUGCCCGUCGUCAUAUUGGAUACUGCCCUCAAUUUGAUGCUUUAUUGGAAUAUCUUACUGUGCAAGAGCACCUUGAACUUUAUGCAAGGAUAAAAGGAGUUUCAGACUACAGAAUGAAUGAUGUUGUUCUGGAAAAGCUGGUGGAGUUUGACUUACUAAAGCAUGCUGAUAAACCAUCAUACACCCUUAGUGGAGGGAACAAGCGUAAAUUGUCUGUUGCAAUUGCAAUGAUUGGAGAUCCUCCAAUUGUCAUUCUUGAUGAGCCAUCCACUGGUAUGGAUCCCAUUGCAAAAAGGUUCAUGUGGGAAGUUAUAUCCCGCCUAUCGACCAGACAAGGAAAGACAGCCGUGAUCCUUACUACCCAUAGCAUGAAUGAAGCUCAAGCUCUAUGUACCAGAAUUGGGAUAAUGGUUGGAGGCAGGCUAAGGUGCAUCGGAAGUCCCCAGCACUUAAAAACAAGGUUUGGAAAUCAUCUUGAGCUGGAGAUUAAACCCACUGAAGUGAGCGCUUCUGAUUUGGAAAAUCUUUGCCGCAUUAUUCAAGAAAUGCUCUUUGACAUUCCUUCUCAUCCUAGAAGCCUACUAAACGAUCUUGAAGUCUGUAUUGGGGCCAUCGACUCCAUUACAUCUGGAAAUGCAUCAGUUGCAGAAAUUAGCUUGUCAAAGGAGAUGAUAAUUGUUGUUGGACGUUGGCUUGGAAAUGAAGAAAGAGUGAAGACACUUAUUUCUUCAAGGUCAAAUUCUGAUGGGCUUGUUGGUGAACAGUUGUCAGAGCAGUUGGUUCGGGAAGGUGGUAUACCAUUGCCAAUAUUUUCCGAGUGGUGGCUAGCUCGAGAGAAGUUUUCAGCCAUCGAUUCGUUUAUACUCUCUUCAUUUCCUGGUGCAACUUUCCAUGGCUGCAAUGGAUUAAGUGUUAAAUAUCAGUUACCAUAUGGGGAAGGUCUUUCGUUAGCAGAUGUUUUUGGGCACUUGGAGAGAAACAGAAAUUUUUACGUCAGAAAUGGAUCGGGCAUAGCUGAAUACAGUAUCAGCCAAUCAACUCUUGAGACUAUAUUCAAUCAUUUUGCAUCUAAUUCAUGAAGGCUCAACUUGUUACUUUGUACCUAGAUUUUGAGGGUAAAAUGUGAAUAUCAUAAGCAGGCAUUGUGUAUUAUAUUAGCUAGAAAAAAAAGUAGAGAAGCAAACAAUUGAAAUGUAAAGAAACUUCUUGUUACGAGAUUAUUGAAAGCAAAUUAAAACGUACAUUUAAUGUUCUCAUA